GGUUAUGAGACCGUUGGGUUCAUUCGAGCAGUAGCACGUGUUCAUAGCAUAUCGUGUGUAAAGUGCAGUGCGAAUAUAUAAUUUAUAAAAAUGCAAGAACCAACAAGUUCCAGUGCCGAAGAAAAUAUUUCAAGCCCGGAGUCUCCGCCGAAUGAAAAUGAAGCAAUGAAAAACAAUCUAACAAACGCUCUUAUUUAUUGCAAGAGUUUAUUAGAAGCAGAAAAUCUGCUAACUAAUACUCCACCAACUGAAAUAUCGGAGGCUUCCAUUGCUAUGGGUGAAGAAAUUUUCAAUGAAAUAAUAUUCAUGCUACAAGAUCGCAGAAUAAUUAUAGAUGAUGAUCUGAUAUUUGCGGAAGAAAUUGAUAUUGUCAAUGAAGAAGAGUAUGAAGAGUGUAUACCUGAAGAAGCUGAUGAAUAUCAGCCGGAAUUGCAAGUUCUUCGCGAUUAUAAAACUAUUCCUUUUGCGUACAAAGAAAAAACGGUUGCUCUUGCCGAGCUUCAUCCUAAAUGGAGCAUAAAAAAUUUGCAAAGGAAAGGUUGCCACAAAUUAAAAGAUAAAAGAAUGCUGCGUGCAUGGUAAGAAGACGUCCAAAGAAGAGGAA